GGCCUCGCCGGUUGCCGUCGCUGCUCCUGUUUGCUCCCGGCAGCCAGGCACCCCAAGGAACGAUUUGUGCAGCGACGCGGCACAAAGUAUCCCAGCCAUGGACCGGAAGGUGGCCCGAGAAUUCCGGCAUAAGGUGGAUUUCCUGAUUGAAAAUGAUGCAGAGAAGGACUAUCUCUAUGACGUGCUGCGGAUGUACCACCAGACCAUGGACGUGGCAGUGCUCGUGGGAGACCUAAAGCUGGUCAUCAACGAGCCCAGCCGCUUGCCACUGUUUGAUGCCAUCAGGCCCCUGAUCCCGCUGAAGCACCAGGUGGAGUACGACGAACUGACCCCCCGGCGCUCCAGGAAGCUGAAGGAGGUGCGCCUGGACCGUCUGCAUCCCGAAGGCCUCGGCCUCAGCGUGCGAGGCGGCCUCGAGUUCGGCUGUGGGCUCUUCAUCUCCCACCUCAUCAAAGGCGGUCAGGCAGACAGCGUUGGGCUCCAGGAAUUAGCCACAAGGAAGAGUUCAUUUCUCUCGCAUGGACUCCAACAUACCAAUCUGCACUUGUGUUUCAGAAGGAAAAAGGAAAUUGCCCAGAAGGCAGCGGAGGAAAAUGAGAGAUACCGGAAGGAGAUGGAACAGAUCGUGGAGGAGGAAGAGAAGUUUAAGCAGCAGUGGGAAGAAGACUGGGGCUCCAAGGAACAGCUGCUCUCGCCUAAGAUGAUCACCACUGAUGUCCACCCACUGCCCCUCCGCAAGCCAAAGUCCUUUGGGUGGUUUUAUCGUUAUGAUGGCAAAUUCCCAUCCUUCCGGAAGAGAGGAAAGGAAAAGAAGAAAGCCAAGUAUGACGACAGCUUGCAGGAGUUGAGAAAGAAUAAGAAGGAACUGGAGUUUGAGCAAAAGCUUUACAAAGAGAAAGAGGAGAUGCUGGAAAAAGAAAAGCAACUGAAGAUCAACCGGCUGGCCCAGGAGGUGUCCGAGACAGAGCGGGAAGACCUUGAGGAAUCAGAAAAGAUUCAGUAUUGGGUGGAAAGGCUCUGUCAGACGCGCCUUGAGCAGAUUUCCUCUGCUGAUGAUGAAAUUGCUGAGAUUACCACGGUGCUCCUGCCUCCCCCGCCUUCCGUGUCUCCCCUGGUCCCACCUCUGAGACGCUUUGCAGGUGGGCUGCACCUCCACACCACUGACCUGGAUGAUAUCCCUUUGGACAUGUUCUACUAUCCUCCCAAGACUCUCUCUGCUUUGCCAGUGAUGCCCCACCCUCCCCCCUCCAACCCACCCUCCAAGGUCUCUGCGCCCCCUGUCCUUCCAUCCUCAGGCCAUGUGAGUGCCUCAUCCUCGCCCUGGGUGCAACGCACUCCACCCCCCAUUCCCAUCCCUCCCCCACCUUCUCUUCCCACCCAAGACCUCACUCCUACCCGCCCACUGCCCUCGGCACUGGAAGAGGUACUGGGCAACCACCCGUUCCGCGCUGGGGACACAGGCAAUCCCACAGAGGACUGGGAGGCAAAGAACCACAGCGGGAAGCCUGCCAACUCCCCUGUUCCUGAACGGAGCUUUCCACCCACCCCAAAGACAUUUUGCCCAAGUCCACAGCCUCCACGAGGCCCUGGCGUGUCCACUAUCUCCAAGCCUGUCAUGGUCCAACAGGAGCCCACCUUCAUCUACAGGAUACCUGUGAGAUCCGAGGUUCUGCCACAGGAGAUGUUGAAGAGGAUGGUGGUUUAUCAGACAGCGUUCAGACAAGAUUUCCGGAAGUAUGAGGAAAACUUUGACCCCUACUCCAUGUUCACCCCAGAGCAGAUCAUAGGGAAGGAUGUCCGGCUCCUGCGCAUUAAGAAGGAGGGAGCCUUAGACCUGGCGCUGGAAGGUGGUGUGGACUCCCCGAUCGGCAAGGUGGUUGUCUCGGCUGUGUAUGAGGGGGGAGCUGCUGAGCGGCAUGGCGGCAUUGUGAAAGGGGACGAAGUCAUGGCGAUCAAUGGCAAGGUCGUGACAGACUACACCCUGGCCGAGGCUGAGGCCCUCCUGCAGAAGGCCUGGAAUCAAGGGGGGGACUGGAUCGACCUUGUUGUUGCUGUCUGUCCCCCCAAGGCGUAUGAUGAUGAGCUCUUUUCUCUUCCCUCCUCUGCAGCCGAAAGCCCCCAGCCAGUCCAAAAGCUCCUUGAAGACCGUGCUCCCGUGCAUAGACACGGGUUCUUCCUGCAGCUGGAGCCUGGCAGCCCCCAUGGUGAAUAGGCAGGCGGGCUGCAGGGCCCCGUCUGUCCAUGUUGUGUGUAGUGGCCGUCUGCUGCCCAUGCUGUCGGCAGGUUCUUUGGACUGGUGUCUGGAAGGGCGCAUGAGGCACCGUCCCUGAAGUGCCACCCGGGCCUACUGCUAGCCACACAGUCAGGCUGAAAGGCCUUCCCACUCAGGGGAGCCAAGCAAAGCCCAGCAGUAGCAUGCUUGAGACCUGGGCUUCCUGACUCACCACAGCCCUUGGGACCUGCCAUAGGUCCCACGCAGCACCCAAAUGAGCAGGAUGGAGCAGUGAGUACCAUUCUCUGUGGGGUACAGACAAUGCCUCAAACCAGGCACAAUGGGCUGGCAGAGCCCAAAGGAAGCACAGCCUGGGUUUCCCCUUCCCUGGGGGCGCCACCUUCUGGAAGCCCUGCUCCACAAGGCCCCAUGCUUGGGCAGAGCCAGGGCAAUUAAGAGGCGAUUAAGGCUGGUCCAAAGAACCAGGGUUGGCCUAUUGGGAUUGUUCACAUCCUGUUGUGACCUGUUGUGGCCUGAGCACUGCUCAGACCAAACUGUCCUCUGUGCCUUCUCUCUUCCUUGGCUCUGGAUUCUUAUCUGUGGGACAUUGUGGAGCCCAGCUUUGGGAUGUGUUUCCCACCCUGUGACAGGGCUAUGUCCAUGGACAGAGCUGGCAGGUGGCUGUGAGCGGGUGUUGGAUGUGGUCUAAAGCCCACAGCUGGCAACAUCUGGGGCAGACCCAAGUCUGGACUUACUGACUUCCCUGUUACAAGUUUCUCAAAACAUUAGGGCCUCAUGCUCCCAAGACAGUUGGCCUGCUAUGCCGUGGCUUCUGGGAUGGCCUCAGUGGCCCUAUGUUUUCUGUCACUUGUCAUCUGCUCUUUGUGAGAGAUCCCAGCCCCUCUGUCUUCGGGUCCCCUUCUAGCUCAUCCCAGGUGUCCCCCUGCUUUCUCCCUGGCCUCCUGUGUGCUGUGGCUAGUGUGUAGCUGCUGGGGGCCUGCACCAAGAGCGGCCUCCAGAGGUUAGCAGGGCCUUGUGCCAUUGCAGGGGGCGGGAGGGGGGGAGUGUCCUCCCUGUUGUCAGGCCCUGCUGUGGGCUGAGUGUGCACCCACAAGGCCUGCACCUGCCUGGUCUA